GGAAUAUUUAGGCUUUGUCGUUAUCUUUUCCACAUGGAGCCACAGAUUUGUUCUUACAUGCAUUUAUAUCAGACGGUAACUCAUUAUUUAAGCUACAUCCUCAGGCAAUUGAGUUAUGGAAGACUUAGAAUUUUUACUCAAAUUUAAAGGAUGCCAUUUUAUACAUUCUGAAGUUAAUGUUGACUUUUUAGAAAAUAUGGAUGAUUUUGAAAUCAGAGAAGAUGAUGUCUUCAUAGUCUCAUACCCAAAAUCUGGAACCGUGUGGGCUCAGCACUUACUAAGCCUGAUUUAUUGUGAAGAGUAUCGCAAAAGAACUGCAAAUGUGGACACAGUUUAUCGAGUCCGCCAUCUUGAAUACAGUCCCGACCCAAGUGACCUUGACAGAAGCCCUUCUCCUCGUCUGUUCUGUAGCCACAUUCCGUACUACUUGGCUCCCAGAGGGCUGAAGAAACAAAAAGCCAAAAUUAUUUAUUUAUACAGGAAUCCUAAAGAUGUUAUGUGCUCAUUUUUUCAUUUUUCAAAAAUGCUGAGUGUACUGAAACCAUCAGCCAAUAUGGAGGAAUUUAUGGAACUCUUUUUAGAAGGAAAAGUACUGGGAAGUCUUUGGUUUGACCAUAUCAGAGGUUGGUGCGAGCACAAAAGUCACUUCAAUAUUCAGUUCAUAAUGUAUGAGAACAUGAUAAAGGAUCUGAGAAGUUCUACAUUAAAAGUCUGUAAAUUUCUGGGGAAAGAAUUGAGUAAGGAAGACAUGGAUGCUGUUGUGAGUCAGGCCAUGUUUGAAAACAUGAAGUCUGACCCACGUGCAAAUUAUGAAAACGUACUAAAGAGACGACAUGAUUUGAGAAGAACAGAUGGCCAUUUCCUUCGCAAAGGUACCAUUGGAGAUUGGAAAAAUCACAUGACUGUUGCCCAGAAUGAAAGGUUUGACAAGAUUUUCCAAAAGGAGAUGAAAGAUUUUCCCUUGAAGUUCAUCUGGGAUAUAAAUGAAGAAUAGAAUCCUAAACUCAGCCCAAAUGUUUUAAGAAAACAUGUUCAGAAAGAAACAUUUAAUAAUACACUCUAAUAUCUUUGACUAAUAUUGGAUCACAAUUGAAAACCUUAAUGAUUAAUAAAUAGUAAUAGAGUAAUUCUACAUAAUUUGGCAUAUGCGACCUGUUUUCCAUUUCGUGGGUUCAUCAAUUUCUGAUGUAAAAAGUAUUCUCCUUAUUGCAUUAGCAUAUAAUUAUGGAAUAUUGUAUUUUACUUUCAAGUAAUUCCUCAAUUCUUGAG